UAGCAACGAUGAAACAAAGAUGGCGGCGUCUGAUGUUGUAAUCUGGUCGUUUUCAAACAUUUUUUGUUUAUUUCUAUCGUUUAGUGCAGUGACCGCAGACGAAAAUAUAACUAUACCUGCUUUGAAUACGACUGUGUUUGGUGACCACAAUGUCACAUAUAAUGACAGUUACACAACUACACAGCCGGACACGACUCCAGCGUUUGAGUCGACAACCCCAACACCAAGCUACAAAAACACGGAGGAGCCCUUACCCGUCUCCGGCCGCUUACUCACUCCUGUCACCAACGUUGACAGGUUGUGUCCCUGUGAUGAGCACAGCGGUGUGUGUGACAUCAACUGCUGCUGUGACAAAGAGUGCAGCGGGGAAGUGGCUCUUUUCACAGACUGCUCUGUGCGCACCGUCAGUAGCAACAAGCAGCUUUGCAGCAGUGAUGUAGCAUCUUACACUUUAAGCAGUACAGCAUCCGGCUACUCCGAACUACAGUCGUCUGUCCAGAAGGAGAUGAGUUAUGAUGUCUUCUGCAUUCAGUCACAAAACCAUGUUGAUGGAUUAUUUCAACUCCUCUCACCUGCUCUUCCAACUGACGGAAACUUUGACUCGCUCUUUAAACAGUUUACCAGCUUUACUUUUGGCUUGGAGGAAAAUGGUGGCCAGGUGUCCACUGCAGGGCUCCAGGCCUCGUCUGGAUACCAGUAUGGGGAUGUGAUGGUGACAGCACAGGACAGCGGACAGAGAGGGGUGUUCUGGCUGCCGGCUCCUGGUGUCACUACUGACUGUGUGGACACCAGUGCAGUGUUCCUACCGGAUCAGAGCAGUCAGUGCUCCCGGCGUGCGGUCCUGUUUCAGGACUGCGGCACUCUGCUGGCCUUCAACAUGAACACCUACACUAACAUCAAACUCAUUGCUAACCUCUGUGCUAAUGUGGCACUGAAGGUUGCCUAUGAAAUAACAUACAACCCAGCUGGUGAGAUAGUGAAUGCGACCGUGUCCCUGGUGCUUGGAUUUGUCCAUGGAGCAAUGCUGCCCCUAAAACAGGAGUUUCUUAUUAGCUUUGUCCAGCAGGGUGGUGAGGAAGUGUCGAUCCGCUACAGUGGGAAUCCAGGUUACGUGGUUGGACUGCCACUCUUGUCUGGAACAAGGACAGCAGAUGGGAUCAUUAGAAGCAUCGACCUCAGAGACACACUGUCUCUUCUCCAGAGUACUAAGGACCAGGAUUGUUUGCAGGGUCCCCAUCAGCGCUCCCCUGUCCUGUUCGGUCUGGAUUCUGUAUCUGGCUGCACAUUAAGACUGGAGGAUGCUGCCAACUGCUCCCUAGUCUCCCAGAUGCUUCUAGAUGUUCUGAGAGGACCAAACUAUCCCCAGUAUGUGGCUUCUUUUGGAAACUCCCCCUUAAACAAUCCACUGGACUGGGUGCAAAUCAAGAACAACCUCAGCCCUGGGGAAGCACAGAGUUGCAGCAUCCCAUUGUCAUUUCAUUUAGAAAUUGAAUGGACCAAAUAUGGAUCUCUGGUGAAUCCCCAGCCUCAGAUUGUGAGCAUCAAAGAAGUUAUCCAAACCAACACUACUAACUUGGGCUUGUUGUCUGGAGGCAGCAGUAUCCUGUCAAUCAGAAGCUCGGUGGCCUUCACCUCAGUGUCUGCUGCUGCUCUUCCUGGUUUCAGAGCCAUGCCCACCAUCAAUGCCACACUACCCUUUGACUUCUUCUUUCCUUUUGUCUGAUCCAACAGCUACCCAACACUCUG